AUGACAGAGGACACGGAAGGGCCGCACGUGAGGGACGGGGAAACAUCUCCUGGGCCAUUCUCAUCAUUUCUCUCAAUUUCCGGCGGAGGUCCCCCUGACUUACACGCGAUCAGACGCAGCGCCUCAGAUCCUGAAUUGCAGAAUGCCCAAACGCUUGCUGUGAGACGUAGUAUUGAAGACUUCAAUGCGUUGUCACCCGAUCCGUAUGCUUCCUCCGUGUUUGGUCUCAGCGGCUCUAAAGAGCCGCACAUGAUCAGUACACAAGCCUCAACACAGCCCAAUAAAACGGGACAAAGCCCUCCUUCAUCUUCUCCUGAUAUUCCUGAAAUUGUGGAGGAUCUUGUGGCUCGAAACCAGAGCCCAGCAAAUUACUCUGGAUCCGGCCUUCAUUCUUCAAACUCUGACCGAAGUGCUGACUCAGAGGACACGCGCUCUGAAACAUCCAGCUUGCUUGACAGUUCUACUGGCGGACACUCAGAAGAUGAAGCCCGGCCCACCGAAAAGCCCUCAGAUACGGUUGACACCCACUACUCCCCAGGAGGCACCUACACAGGAGGGAAUACUGAUGGAACUAGUCCGGACAAUGGUGUGAAUUUGAGCACUUGCGGGAUUCCAAACGAGAAGAAGAAGAAGAAGAAGAAGAACAGUAAGUUGUCGACAGCAUUCACAUCUGUCAUAGAUCUGGAUGAUAUACCUGAAACAGUGAAGACUUGGUGCAAACAAGCCCAUAAAAGGAAAGCCACAGCCCUCUUCAAUUAUUCGAAGUUGCAGGUGUCCUCACUGACGAGAGAAUUGACAGAUCAGGAGGUGGCUCAGAGACUGAAAAGUGUUCGAGGAUUGCUAGGCAUUCAACAUGGUCAGAAACUACCAUUUCCUGAAGUAAGGACAGCUCUGCUUCGUCAUGAACUGGAUGGACUGGAUCCCACCCAAGUCACUCUCCUCUUGGACUCUUUGGCAAUUUAUCCGGAAACAGGAACCAUUUUUGAUCACCAGGGAUACUCUCAAGAAGAGCCUCUGAAGUCUCUGAAAGACCAGUUGGAUGACUUUUUGGCUAGGGGGCUGAUAAGUGAACUCAUGGGCAAGGAUCUGCCCACCGGUCUCAGACACACUGCAGAAGACAGUGCUUGGGGUGAUGGAAGUGGCCUCUUGUUACAGGGUAAAGACCAUCAGGGAAGGGGCAUUGAACUUGAUGGAAUCGGAUGGAAGCGGAUAGGGAAAGGCUGCAUUAGGUAG